AUGGCCCUCCCAACUCAUUUUCCCAUUAAAGUAGCUGGGGGAAAGACUGUCCAAAUUCCGUCUGUUGGUUUUGGCACCUGGGGGGGAGGUGAUCCAGGGUGGUGUAAAGCUGCCACUUUGACGGCUCUGAAACUGGGUUACAGACAUUUAGAUUGUGCUUGGAUCUACGGUGUCGAUGAAGAAAUUGGAGCCGCAAUCCGAGAAUCAGGAAUUCCAAGAUCUGAGUUAUUCAUCACGACCAAGUUCUGGCCGCACUUCUCUGCCCCCGAGAAUCUCGAACUAUGUCUAGACCAAUCUUUGAAGAGGAUGGGCCUCGAGUAUGUCGACUUGCUCCUGGCACACUGGCCCGUCGCAUUCAAACCAAUAUCGAGAGACGCUCUUGAGAACGCGAACAAUCGCAGUUACGUUCCCACAUGGCAAGCGAUGCAGAGACUAGUAUCAACCGGCAAGACACGGGCCGUCGGAGUCUCCAAUUUCUCCAUUUCAGAGGUCAAGGAGAUCUUGUCUUAUGCUGAAGACGUGCCGAUAUCCUGCAAUCAGGUCGAAGUUCAUCCAUGGCUGCCUAACAAUGAGCUCAUUGAUUUCAUGAAGGCGCACGGCAUCCUCGUAACAUGCUACUCCCCGUUUGCGGGGCAAAAGGCAGACGGAGAGACUCUGCUCAAAGAUCCCAUGGUCAAGAAGAUUGCCGAGAAAAACAGUAUGGAUGUCGGGCAAUUGCUGCAGAGUUGGGCUGUUCAGAGAGGCACCGUCCCUCUCGGCAAGAGCCAGACCGAAGCCCGAAUAAAGUCCAACCUUGCAGUAAGGGAGCUCUCGCCAGACGACAUGAAAGCUCUUGAUGCGCUUGAGAUUCCGAACGGCAAGGGGAGGACAAUUGACUAUACUGACGAAUGGGGCGUCAAUCUCUUCACCAAUUGA